AUGGGCUGUGUGUUUUGCAAGGAGGUGGAGCCAGGGCCCAAGGAGGACGUUGGCCUGGAAGGGGACUUCAGGAGCUGCGGGGCUUCGGACCGCUAUGGCCCGGACCCUACUCAGGCCCGGCCUAUGUCUUCCUUGGGCCACAUCCCCAACUACAACAACUUCUCCCAGCAGCCCAGCAGCCCCGCCUUCCUCGAUGGGGGCACCAUCAGGGCCAUCACAGGGCCCGGGGUGACCCUGUUCGUUGCUCUGUAUGACUACGAGGCCCGGACGGAAGAUGACCUCACCUUCAACAAGGGCGAGAAGUUCCACAUCCUGAACAACACUGAAGGUGACUGGUGGGAGGCUCGGUCCCUCAGCUCCGGACAAACCGGCUACAUCCCCAGCAACUAUGUGGCCCCCGUGGACUCCAUCCAGGCUGAAGAGUGGUACUUUGGAAAGAUGGGAAGGAAGGAUUCUGAGAGGCAGCUGCUCUCCGCUGGCAACCCCCGGGGAGCGUUUCUCAUUCGGGAGAGUGAGACAACCAAAGGUGCCUUCUCUCUGUCCAUCCGGGACUGGGACCAGGCCAGAGGCGAUCACGUGAAGCAUUACAAGAUCCGCAAGCUGGACACCGGUGGCUACUACAUCACGGCGAGGGCCCAGUUUGAGUCGGUGCAGGAGCUGGUGCAGCACUACAUGGAGGUGAACGACGGGCUGUGCCACCUGCUCACCGCGGCCUGCACGACCAUGCGGCCGCAGACGCUGGGCCUGGCCAAGGACGCCUGGGAGAUCAGCCGCAGCUCCAUCUCGCUGGAGCGCCGGCUGGGCACCGGCUGCUUCGGGGACGUGUGGCUGGGCACGUGGAACGGCAGCACGAAGGUGGCGGUGAAGACGCUGAAGCCGGGCACCAUGUCCCCCAAGGCCUUCCUGGAGGAGGCGCAGGUCAUGAAGCUGCUGCGGCACGACAAGCUGGUGCAGCUGUACGCCGUGGUGUCCGAGGAGCCCAUCUACAUCGUGACCGAGUUCAUGUGCAACGGUAGCUUGCUGGAGUUCCUCAAGGACCGGGAAGGCCAUGAUUUGACGCUGCCCCAGUUAGUGGACAUGGCAGCCCAGGUGGCGGAGGGCAUGGCCUACAUGGAGCGCAUGAACUACAUCCACCGGGACCUGCGGGCGGCUAACAUCCUCGUCGGGGAGCGGCUGGUGUGCAAGAUCGCGGACUUCGGGCUGGCCCGGCUCAUCGAGGAUGACGAGUACAACCCCCAGCAAGGCGCCAAGUUUCCCAUCAAGUGGACAGCCCCGGAGGCGGCCCUGUAUGGCAGAUUCACCAUCAAGUCAGACGUGUGGUCCUUCGGAAUCCUGCUCACUGAGCUCAUCAGCAAGGGCCGCGUGCCUUACCCAGGCAUGAACAACCGGGAAGUGCUGGAUCAGGUGGAGCAUGGCUACCACAUGACGUGCCCCCCAGGCUGCCCGGUGUCCCUGUACGAGAUCAUGCUGCAGACCUGGCGCCUGGACCCAGAGGAGAGGCCUACCUUCGAGUACCUGCAGUCCUUCCUGGAGGACUACUUCACCUCCACAGAGCCCCAGUACCAGCCCGGGGACCAGACAUAG